UUUGGCAUCAUUUGUUUUCUUGGCAUAGUCGGGAAUCUUAUUGUGAUCUACACCAUCAUCAAAAAGAAGAAGCUUCGGUGCAAACAGACGGUGCCUGAUAUCUUCAUUUUCAACCUCUCCAUUGUAGACUUGCUAUUCCUGCUGGGCAUGCCCUUCCUCAUCCACCAACUCCUUGGCAAUGGUUCCUGGUAUUUUGGAGCUCCGUUGUGCACUAUCAUCACCGCCCUGGACACCCACAGCCAGAUUACGAGCACCAACAUCCUGACAGUCAUGACCUUAGAUCGUUACCUGGCCACGGUCUACCCUCUCAGAUCUACUUAUGUCCGAACUCCCUGUGUAGCAACCUUGGUUAUCAGCCUGGUGUGGCUCCUCUCAUUUCUGACCAUCAUCCCUGUGUGGAUGUAUGCAGGACUGAUGCCUUUGGAGGAUGGGACUGUCCGGUGUGCUCUUUUGCUUCCCAACCCCGAGACUGAUGUCUACUGGUUCACUAUCUACCAGUUCAUGCUAGCUUUUGCAAUUCCACUGAUCAUCAUAUGCGUGGUGUAUUUCAAAAUCCUCCAGCAUAUGGCCACCACUGUUGUGCCCUUACCACAGAGGAGUCUUCGGGCUCGUACCAAGAAGGUCACUCGGAUGGCUGUUGCUAUCUGCUCAGCCUUCUUCAUUUGCUGGGCACCCUUCUAUAUCCUUCAGCUGGUCCAUUUGGGAAUAGGCACCCCUUCUGUUGCCUUUUUCUAUGCCUACAACUUUGCCAUCAGCUUAGGCUACGCCAGCAGCUGUCUCAAUCCUUUCCUCUACAUUGCCCUAAGUGAGACCUUCAAGCGUCAGUUUAUGGUCGCAAUCCAUCCAGCCAAAGAGCACUUCAGGGUAAACAACCACAACCACAACCACAGCACAACAGAAGCCAGUGUGUGCUUGAAGCUUGCCCCAGAGUCCACUCAACAGACUCAGUUUUUGGAGGAGUUUUCCCCACGUUCCUUGCCUGUGGCUGUUGCAGUUCACUAG